AUGGCAGCCGUCCAAAAGAGACAAAAUCGCCUGAGUGGGUAUUCCGUGACGCUUUCGCUUCUAUUGGCUGCUUCAUGUGUGCUUCUUCUAUUUCGUGAUCCAAUCUCCACUGCCUUGGCGGUUCAUCGUGAGCUUUUAAUGGAGUAUAGAGAGUUGGAGCUCUCGGUUGAGGCCAAAGAUGAUUUAAAAAGACUUGGAUUGACCCCAAAGAAUCCUGUGGAGGUAAAGAAUCCUAUGACUGGUGAAAAGAAACUCAUCCAUGGAAGGUUUCUCCAUUUGACCGACUUGCAUCCGGACCCGUACUAUAAGCCGGGACUGUCCAUCGAAGAGCAGUGUCAUGAAGGUAAGGGCGAAGCAAGCAGGUAUGGCGACGCAAUUUUGGGCUGUGACUCCCCAGAGGAGCUUGUUUACAGGACGAUCGACUGGGUUGAAGAUAACUUGAAAGACAAAAUCGACUUCAUUGUCUGGACCGGAGACAACGUUCGUCACGACAACGAUAGAAACUACCCUAGAUUCGAGAAGGAUAUAUUCGACUCGAACGCGAAGAUUGCUAAGAUUAUGUACGAGAAAUUCGACGUCUUACCUAUUCCAUCGCUCGGAAAUAACGACGUCUACCCGCACAAUUUGUUCGCUGAGGGCCCUACUCUUCAAACAAGAGAGUUUUUUAAAAUUUGGAGGCAGUUCAUACCACAGCCCCAAUUUCACAUCUUCAACAAAGGGGCCUACUUUUUUCAGGAAGUCAUUCCUGGCCAAUUGGCAGUACUUUCCAUCAAUACUUUGUACUUGUUCAAGUCGAAUCCUCUUGUUGACAGCUGUGACAGAAAGAAAGAUCCUGGCUACAAGAUAUUCAAGUGGUUGGGUUACGUUUUGAAGGAGUUGAGAAGAAGAGACAUGAAAGUCUGGCUCACUGGCCAUGUACCCCCAACACCCAAGAACUACGACAUUUCCUGUCUUCGUAAGUACAUAAUGUGGGUGCAUGAAUACAGAGACAUCAUCAUUGGAGGCCUCUACGGUCAUAUGAAUAUCGAUCACUUUGCACCGCUCGACGCAAAAAUGGCUUAUGACUCUUUUGAAUCGAAGUAUAAGGAACUUUUGAAACAAAGUGAAUUUGCCACUUUUGAGAAAGAUGAAGAUGAAGAUUCGCUCUCUCUUGAAAAAGUUUAUGAGAAUUUUGAUUCUUCUAUCCAUCAUGACUCCCUUGACGUUCCACGGGGACACUUUGACUUCUCCUCGGAUAUUCAUAUUGAGGCAGGCGUUCCAAAGGGAAAGGUAGAUUACAUGAAUACCUUUAGAGAGACCAUGUACGCAGAUAUAAAGAAGGAAAAGAAAUGUGGGAAGCUAUCCGAAAGAUAUGCGGUUGUUCAUGUUACUGCUAGUGUGGUGCCCACAUUCAAUCCAGGCUUAAGAGUAUGGGAAUACAACAUCACUGAUUUGCAUGAAACUAAAAACCUUGACUACGGUGCAUGGGAUUUGUUCUUUGCCGGUAUCGAAGACUUGCUUGACUCUGACGACGGUAUUGAAUAUCAUGACCCAUUCGUCACAUUUAGUAAAAAGGUCGAUGCGUUCAGGAAAGACAAAACAAUACCUCCAAAGAUGCCAAAAGACUUGCCUCUCGGACCAGCCUACAAUAGGCAGCUUUUUACACCCGAGCGCUACGUUCAAUACUACUUGGAUUUAGUGGGUCUCAAUGAGGGCAAGAAGAAGUUCGAAUACGAGCUUGAAUAUACCACUGAUGAUGAUGUUUAUGCGAUGAAAGAUCUUACUGUGAGUGAGUGGCUUGAUCUUGGUAGACGUUUGGGUGAACCAGUGAAAGCGGGCAAGAAAGAGAUAGGCCAGGAGGGGAAGAAGAAGCCAAGCGACUUGGAAGUGCUCUGGAAGCAGUUUCUCAAGCACACAUUCAUCGAUUCGAAUUACGAAAACCUUGGCUACGGUUACGUAUAG